CUUAGAGACACUCAGAAAGAGCUGGAGGUCCUGAAGUCACAGGUUCAAGGCAACAAGGUAGCAUUUGGUGCAUCAAUAAGUGUAGGUGGAAAUAUUGGACCUUUUAAUACCCACAUCAUACUGGUCUACAAAAAGGUCUACAUGAACACAGGAUCAUUCAAUCCGGGAACAGGUAUUUUUACGGCUCCUGUCAAAGGAGUCUAUUACUUCAGCUUCUCUGGACAUAAUAUAUCAUCUAAACCAAUGGGCCUGCAACUGAUGAAGAAUGGAGAGCAGAUGGUCACUGUCUAUAAUCAUCCUGCUGGAAACCGUCAUGAGACAGCAACCAAUGGGAUGACUCUGCAGCUUGAAGUUGGAGACCAAGUUUACAUGAGACUGUGUGAAAACACCUGGAUUUUUGACAAUUCAAAUGAUCAUAGCACAUUUAUUGGCCAUUUAUUAUUCCCUCUGUAA